AUGAGUUGUGCUUGGUUUGAAACACGCAUUUUCGAAUGGAUACAAGUUGAAUUAGCUUGGAACAAUCUUUUUAUUGUGAUGGACAGGAGUGUGGAAUUGAACGAGGAUGAGACAAUUAUGGUGACACAGCUGGAGCAGGCCUAUUGCCAGUUCUUGCUUAGAAUCAUGGAUCACAUAUACGCGCUUGGAAGUGUACCUCGUAAUCAUGAGAAAUUCUUCAUUUUGUACAACGAUACAGCUGAUCCAGAGUUAUUAAUCACGAGAUCUCAUCCAGAUGUGCAGUCUUUGCUUUGGAACGACAGCUUACUUCUUACGUCAUUUGCGGGUGUUCAGGUUCUUCGUGGAGCUCAAGCUCGUUUCCGCCUUGGUCCUGAGUUGGAUGUGGCACCUGUUUUCUCCACCGCAUUCUACGACGGCUUGAAGGCACUCGGCUGGAGUGAAGGAAUGUUCUUUUCAUUCCAAAAUUUCAAAAAUGCCUUCGAAAUGGCAGCACAGAAGCUGACGCAUGAGUUGAGCAACAAACUGCUGUCGCAGAUAAAUGAAGCUGGCUUGCAUCAGUACUGGCAAGACAUGAAGGAAAUCACCUGCGGCAGAGUAGCACAUUGCUUUGCUACAUACGUAUACGGUUGCACUUCUGACCCAUCCAAGAUAGUUACUUUAGAUCUGGUGGAAGUGUAUAAUUCGGCAUUGCUUCGCAGCGGCAUACCUGCCAACCGAGCGAUCAGAUGGCGUUUGGCUACGACAGCUAUCUCAGAGACAGAUCAUAGCAUCAGCUGUGAUCUUGAAAGACCGUUGAAUUAUGUGAUACGUCCUACUUUGAUACCAGCAAUGAAUGCCUGUAUGGACAAUAUGUUCAAGAUAUUUCGGGGAAGAAAGCUGAAGAUUACGAAAGAGUUUGUGAAGACAGAAAAGUAG